AAAAAAUCGAAAACAGAAAACUUAUCGUGAUACUGAACGAGAUAAUGAUGCAUUUUCGGGUAAUGUUAUAAUUUUGAACUUCAUUCAGCAAAUCCACUUCAUAGAAUCAAAAGCCUAAUCCAGAUUAACAAGAGGUCGGAGGCCCUCUGAGUCUCUGACUCCCAAUCCCGGAAUCCGUUGGAAGUGCGUUUCAGUCCAUUGCUGAAGCCGCAUACUGGUUAGCGUCCUCUGGUUGCUACUAAUUGUAAAAAUGAUCGCUUGAGUUCCUACUUCUGGAAUCCGGAAUGGUGUAUACCCAGCUUUCCCACUUGAUUGUUAAAUUUCAACCAAGUUUUUAGAAAUCGGGAUACGAAUAAAUUGCAAUAAUUUUGCUGACUUCGAACUUGAGAACGGUAGGGAACAUGGAGAGUGAAGGAGACAAGAAUUGGAGUGAGAAAGUGGAAGAUUUAGUAGAAUCUGGAGAAACAAAUGCUGCAAUCUCUCUCCUUGAAUCCCUAAUUUUGAAACUCGAGACUGUUAAUUCAUCAAAUUCACUGCCCCAAUUAGCCUCUGCACUCCUUGAAUUGGCCAAGCUUUACUCCUCCAAAGGCCUCUCUCUCAAAUCCGAUGAUGCUCGAUCCCGUUCUUCCGCCAUCAACCUCCGCGUUAUCUCUCCUUCUUCUAGUUCAGCUGUUGAAACUUCCACAACAGAAGUAGAAUCUAGUGUUUCUACUAGUAAUAACGUGCCUGGAAGUAGUUCAACCAGAGAUGCAGGGGAUACUGACUUGUGUACAAAAUCUUCAAUGGACAAUGUAUCUCUCCAGGAAUCUUCAGAUGAUGACUGGGAAGCCGCAGCAGAUCGUGCGCCAGAUGAGUUGCUCUCUCCACAAUGCUUGCCAGACGUAUCAAAGCUUACAUUGUAUGACACAGAAGUGAAGAAAGAGGUCCCAAACAGACGUGGGAGGGGAACCUUCACAUAUAAUAAACAAGGAAUGUACAGUGAUGAGAAAAUUCAUGACUCUAUUGCCUGUGAUACAUCAUCAGAGAUAGUUCAUGAGACAUCUGAGAAAAUUUCGGAAGCCAAAAAUUCUGUAUAUGGUACACGUCAUGCCCUUGUCUUGGAUGGGUUUCACACGAGUACUACAACAACAGAUUUGGAGAGACUUUUUGAAGAUUUCAGAGACCGUGGAUUUUCAAUCCGUUGGAUUAAUGAUACACUUGCACUGGUAGUAUUUCGAACUCCAUCAAUUGCUCUUGAGGCCUGUAAUAGUGUUCGUUGUUCUUUCAAAGUUCGUGUGCUUGAGGAAGGUGACCCCAUGAUGAGCUCCAUUUCAAUCAAAGACUUGGAUCCACCUCGGCAAAGACCAAAAACAUCAGCUCGAACCGCUCAGAGGCUCAUUGCUCAAGAAUUGGGUGUAAAGUUGCCAUCAACCUUUGGGUCUAAAGAGUUGAGGAAGCAAGAAGAUGCUAGAAGAAACCGCAUAGUAGCGAGGCAAAAUUUGAGAGAUGAAGCUUGGGGCCCUGAUGAUAUAAAGUAAAAUGGGGUAAUUGAACGAAUACUUUGCAUGCCAAGUUGUUGUCCUAUGAAUAUUGAUCCCCCUUAUUUUCUAUCUAAGUAUUAGUUAUGAUAUUCCGUAUUAUUGCAUGCAUCCAAAAGGAAAAAGGUCACUAUUGUGUAGGGCUUGCUCCUAGAGCUUGGGUUGUGUAAUGUUACCGUAAAAGAAUGAGGCUAGUCGACCGGCUUUUUAUAGGAAGAGUUGAUGACUAUCUAUGGUGAAAUUGGCUUGUAUAAUGUUACUACAAAAUAUUGGAGGAAUCAGGGAGGAUUAUGAAAGAAAAGGUAGAUUUGUGUAAAAUGUGGAGAGUGUCAGCUAGUUAUCCAGUUACAAGAUUUAGUUACAGGAUAUGGUAAUCCUAACAGAAUGGGUGUCUACAUGAUAAUGUUUUUUUAAAGAAAGAUUAUGCAUACUUGCAGCUGAGGAAGAAUGAGCAACUGAGCAUUAUUUCCAACAUGCUUCCUUCCUCAGCUGAGCAUCGACACUCUGGUGAAUACUGGAGCAAUUGAAGCUUUGGUUACUGAAUUUUAGCUGAGGAAGCAUGUUGGAAACAUGUGGCACAACUGUAUAUUAAAGCAUGUACAUUGAUUGGGUCUUCAGAAGAGUUUUUGGAGGGCUCUCCACUCUCUCUACCACUAUCUCUCUUCAAAACUUUCUCAAGAACUCAAUCCUGAAAACACCCAACAUUGGUUGGUUUCUCAAAUGAGCUCUCCAAUAUUUUUUUUACCAUUUGGUGGUCCCAUGUCAUAUUCUUGAAUUGUAAAUAUUAAAUGUUAAAAAGUCUUCACUUAUCCAUAAUUAAUUGUUUUUUACCCAAUGUUACUAUUCAUUUUUCAAA